AGUUUGAGCACAUCCAAAGAUUCCAAACACAAAAUAGAAUUAAAAUCUAGUUUUGCUGAGAAACAAAGUUGUAGCCAUGGGCAUACAUGGGAUGCUCUUAGUCGUCCAGAUAUCACUGUUAGGGCUGAUAAUAUCAUCAAUAAUGGUGGCAGCAGCAGCAUCUCUAGCCAAGUUUGACUGCCCCAACAAGUGUGGAGAUGUAGAAAUUCCAUACCCAUUUGGCUUGAAGAAAGGCUGCUCGCUGAAUGAGGACUUUCUCAUCACUUGUGACAAUGAAGUAGCAAAAACAGGUGAUGUUACUGUUAAGAACAUAUCCAUUGAGAAUCAUCAGUUGCGUGUCUUGCACUUUGUAGCCCGAGACUGUUACCACCAACAUCGCAGUCAGGAGUACAAUGAGCCCUUCGUCUGGCCUUCGACGUUCAUAAUUUCUCAGAGCAGAAAUAAAUUCACAGUUGUUGGCUGUGACACUUACGCAAUCCUUCAUGGUGUACACAACGGAGAAUAUUACUCAAGUGGGUGCUUGACUGUGUGCAAAAGCCUUCACAGUGUGAGGAAUGGGUCAUGCUCUGGUUGUGGGUGUUGCCAGGUAGCAAUUCCCGCUGGAUUAAGAAAUAUAUCAAUGGAGGUAGAUAGCUUUAACAAUCACACAAAUGUAUCGGACUUCAAUCCCUGCAGCUCUGCUUUUAUUGUGGAAAAAGGCGAGUUCAAUUUCUCCUCUAAUUAUCUCAGAAAUAUGUCAAAGGAAAUGCUCCCUAUAGUGCUUGACUGGACAAUUGGGAAAGAGACAUGUGAAGAAGCAGCUCGAAACAAAACAAAUUUCGCAUGUAAGAGGAAUAGUGAAUGCCGUGAUCACUUCUCUACGAAGUUAGGAUACCAAUGCAGUUGCAAGCCGGGUUAUCGAGGGAAUCCAUAUCUAUAUAAUGGUUGUCAAGACAUUAAUGAGUGUGAGCAUUCAGCUCAUAAUAAUUGCAUAAAAGCAAAAAACUGUGUCAACACAAAAGGAAACUACACAUGUCGUUGUCCGAAGUGGUACCAUGGGGACGGAAGAAAAGGUGGUGAAGGUUGUAUUCCGGAGCCCUUCCUAAUGUUAAAGAUUGCCGGUGUUGCUGUCAUAAGCUUAAUUGCUAUACUAGUGAUUAGCUUUUGGCUGUACUUUUUAAUCAAGAAAAGAAGGCUCAUCAAGCUCAAAGAAAAAUUUUUCCGACAAAAUGGAGGAUUGAUUUUGCAACAACAACUCUCUACCAUGGAAGGAUAUAGUGAAACAACCAAAAUUUACACUGCUAAAGACCUAAAGAAAGCCACCAACAACUAUGAUGCAAGCAGGAUCAUUGGCCAAGGGGGUUAUGGAGUCGUUUAUAAAGGAUUUUUACAAAAUAAUAAGGUUGUUGCAAUCAAGAAGUCUAAAACAGUAGAUCAAGAACAAAUUGAGCAAUUCAUUACCGAAGUGGUUGUUCUCAUCCAAGUUAACCAUAGAAAUGUGGUCCAAUUAUUAGGGUGUUGUUUAGAGACACGAGUUCCAUUAUUAGUUUAUGAAUUUGUCCCUAAUAGUACUCUCUUCAAGCACAUACAUCAUGCAUCCACCAUAUCAUGGGAAACCCGUCUAAGGAUAGCUAUAGAAAUAGCAGAUGCACUAUCUUAUCUACACUCUGCAGCUUCUAUACCUAUAAUUCAUAGAGAUAUCAAGUCCACAAACAUAUUGCUUGAUGAUGAUUUCACUGCAAAAGUCUCUGACUUUGGAACUUCAAGGUUGGUUCCACGAGGUCAAAAGCAAUUACCUACUGUAGUACAAGGUACUCUUGGAUAUUUGGAUCCUGAAUACAUGCAGACAAAUCAAUUUACAGAAAAAAGUGAUGUUUAUAGUUUUGGAGUGGUACUUGUGGAGCUAUUAACAGGACAAAAGGUACUUUCGCUUUUAAGGCCUAUGGAGCAAAGAAGUCUAGCUAUGUAUUUGCUUUGCGCAUUGAAAGAGGAUCGGUUGUUUGAAAUUCUUGAAAAGCGUAUUAUGGAUGAGGGAAACACGGAGCAACUCAAGGAAUUUGCAAAGCUUGCAGCGAAGUGCUUAGAAGUAAAAGGGGACGAGAGGCCUACUAUGAAGGAAGUAGCAAUUGAGUUAUAUGGAUUGAGACAGAUGAAGCAUUUGUGGGAUAAUGAUGAAUCAAAUUUUAUGGAAGAGACCGGACCCGUGAUUGGUGAAUGUUGAAUGGUAAGACAUAUUAAAAAUAUGGUGGUUAACUCUAUCAUUGUAAUCCCAUCUCUUUGUAAGCUUUGAUAACGAAAUAUGAACAUCUCCCACGAUGUCAUGUCCUAGUCGUGCGCCUAUUGUUGUUAUUUUUGAUAACUUUAGCGACUUCUUAGCAUUCUCUUUAUUGUCAGUUCAUUCAGCAAAGCUGUUUCUGG